UACUGCACAUGGUGCAGGAAGACACGUAGUAUAUUUAUAUAAGAGGGUAUAGAAAUCAAUUUCGGAUACAUUCGGGUACCCGGAAUACUUCGGUUCGGGUCGGGUUCGGUUCCGAUUCUUUAGAUACCAAAAUUUUGGACCCGUUCAGAUAUUUAAUCAAUUUCGGUUCGAGUUCGGUACUAUUUUUUCGGACGGGUUCAGUUCGGUUCUUCGGAUUCGGAUUUUUUUUUCCAGCCCUACGUCUCAUAAUCAACUUAUCAUGCAGAAGUUUAUGAUUCGUCAAAAACUUAGUUUUUUUGUUUCUUCACAACUUCUGAAAGAAAGAAUUUUAAUGAAGCUGACUAAACAUAUCGGACCUAAAUCAAAGAAUGGUGUAACAUUGGAAAGAGGUUUAAUUUGUCAAAAAUCUAGUUUGAUAUGGAGUAACGAAAAUAUAUGACAGAAGAUGAAAUGAUCCGGUUGCCAAGUUGGGAGUGAAGUUCUAUAAUACGUUCUUCUUCAUGCAUCAGUAAACACCACCUCGCUUGAGAUCGGGUCUCAGAUAAUUAAUCCAUCUCAACAAACCUUCAUGCACACGUAAACAUUAAACAAACAUAAAUAAAAGAGAAAAUUAAGCAAAACCCUAAUUAUGGAUGGGGUUAUACGAACCCGAUUAGAGCCGUCAUAUGAUGGAUGACGUACCAUUAACGCAUUACAAGUCCGGCCCAUUAAAGAGAAAUAAAUAGACGAGAGAAGAAGUGGGUUAGAGGACUUUUCCUGGAGAAGAAGCAAAACGAAGGUUAAUUCUCCGAACAUGGAUGUGACAGAGACGCAACAGAUAACAGCAAGGACGAUCGAGAAGGUGGUCGUUCAUCCACUCGUCUUGCGUAAUAUCGUCGACGAUUACAACCGCCUCGCUAAGAAAUCAGGCAAGCGCGUUGUCGGUGUUCUUCUAGGCGGUAGCUCCCAUGGUAUCGUUGAUGUCAUCAACAGCUACCCAGUGCCCUUCAAGGAGGAUGGAAAAGACCCAUGUGGCGGGUUUUUUUAUCACAAACACCACCGCUCAAUGUUGCAACUGUUCCACGGCAUUAAUGACAUGGUUGGUUGGUACAGCACAGGCCCUGAACUUCGAGAUAAUGAUUUGGAUGUUCACGCUCAGUUCUGCCACUAUGCUCCCUAUCCAGUGCUGGUCGUUAUCAAUGUAGGACUUGGAAUUCCCACAAAUUCUUACUAUACUAUGUCCAGCCUCGAGAAAAUCGAGAAAGAAGUCUUUGUUCGUGCGUCUGUAGAAAUCGCUCCUCAUGAAGUCAAGGAGGACUCUGGUGAAGAACAUCUCCUCUGUGAGUUUCAAGAUACAACUACAGAAAUUGCCCCCAAGAGAAUGACAUUGGGAGGUGUGAGCUUUGUGGAUGCGAUGGAGUCGUACAUGGAUUUCUACAAAAAUCAGUGAGAUGAUUUUUUUUUUUUUUUUUUUUUGGAAAUUUCUUUUAAGAUGUGCCAUUAAUGAUAUCUUGUGAAUUUACAUGUUUUUAACUUCUUAUUCUUGCAUGGUUUGGUCAUUUAGAGCAUCAUUUAGGCACAUUUAGGUUGCAUAUCAUUGCAUUUGUACAUAUCAGGUGUUGGAGAGCACCAUGGAUGAAUUAGAGGACCAUUGGUGGGAUUUUAAGUGCAAUUGGAGUCCAAAAGAAAUGUUAAAAGUGAUCAUUGGGCGAGCACCUUACCAGAGCGACCAGCUGGGAGCGACACCGUCAAGUCGCUCUGAUCUCCCUAUCAGAGCGACCUUACUAGAGCGACAGGGAAGAGUCGCUCGCGUAUUGAUCACCCGGAGACAACGAAUCCGGAGCGACCUCUCGAAGCGACACAGCGAGGUCGCUCCCGAAUCCGGAGAGUGAAAGAUGAACACGGAUGAAAGCCUUAAAGAUCUUUUCUGAAGCUGAAAAUUUGUGGAGACACUGGAAAUUGAGUUAGCUUUCCAAUGGAAGUGGUUUCAAGUCAUUUGGAGCUGUAUUGGAUAAGUUAUAAUCGAUUUACUACAGGUGUAUCAACCCUUGCCGGGGACCACUGGAAAGUUGAUGGGAUUAACCAACUUCCCACUUUCUUCCACCCACCUUUCCUUUGCACGAUUUUUCCUACUUUUAUGUAUAAUAUCUGCUUUCUUUUUAUCAUAAGAGUGGGCAAGAAACAUCAUUAUCCAACUUUGUAAUAAUUUAACUUGUCAAAACUCUCUCUCUUUGAAAUAUCAUUGUUCUUAGUGUUCUUGAGCUGUUCUUCAAUUGUUCAUCAUCUGUUAUUGAGUUUUAAUUUCGUUUUGCUUAUUUAAUCCUUGUUUAUCUUUAUUCUCUGUUGUAUUUACUUGAAUAUGCUUCAAUCUAUUAUGAGAUUAAGUGUUUUCAUGAAGAUUAGUGAGUAGUUUCCUUAAGAAUUCAUGGGUUAGGGAGAUUAGAGUAACUUAGUGAAGAUCUAUGGUGUUAUUGUAUUAGAUCCUUGUAUGAACUUGCUUGUUGAGUAUUUUUAAUGCUUGUUUAGUCUUGAUCACUCUAAACCUGAUUUCUAAACACUUCUCAUCAGACAUGAUUAGAUGAAGUGUUUGAAUCAACUCAACUAAGCUCUAGUGAGAUUAGCCAAGGACACUUGAUGUUAAAAUUGCUAGAUAGUUAUUAAACUUGAACUUAAAGAUUGCUUGAUUGAAUUAAGCCAAAGACAUUUGAUGUUUAAUGAUUUCUAAGCAAAUGGACAUUUACCUAGACAUAGGACUUGUCUAAAAUUGUGUUUAGACUUAAGAGAUUACUUUGAUUGAAAGCUUGUCACCUAGAUUGGAUCUUAGUUACUUGAAGUCAAUUCCCUUAGCCCAUGGAUUCACUUGUUUAUAUUUCUAGGAUAUUAGUUUGUUACAAAUCAUCUAUCUUCUUGUUUGCUUAGAUUAGGAAGGUUUGUGUAUUCUUGGUGUUAUAAGUCUCUAGUUCUCUGUGGAUUCGAUCCUAAAAUGCUACAAUGACAUACCAUUCGAUUGUGGUAUUGUUGGCACAUUAGGUUAAUUGGUGUGUGCUUAAACGCGUAAUCAAUUUGGCGCCGUUGCCGGGGAACUAAGUAGAUUUGUCAUUAAGAUUUCAAACUUUCUUGAGAUUAAGCUUUAUUUUCUUAUGCUUUGUUUUGCUUUUGUAUAGCUACUAACCUCUUCUUCUAGCUUUUGUUAUUUGUAGAGAUGGCUUCAAGCUACUCUGAGAAGCCACAAGAAGAGGAAGAGACAUUUGAAGAUCGCAUUGAAGAUCAGCCAUAUGUGAAGCCACCACCCUUUGAUAUACGCAUACUCACACCAGACCAAAGGGAUGAGUUGCAUCGGCUUCAGAGAAUGAAAGAGAAUCGGGACAAGACAAAGAGAAACCUAGCACAACUUAUCCGGAUACACCUCAUUAGGGACCGAGCAGAGUUUGAAGAAAGGGAGGUUACCCAGUAUGAGUUAGAUGCUGCUUGUGCCCUUAAUGAGGUAAUGUAUUGGGCUCCACCACUCCAACUGGAAGGUAUAGAAAUUUCCACUUUAAAACUUCAACUCGAGGAAAUAUGCUUGCCUUGUGGUGAGAAUAAUAUCUCUGGUCUUAAUUCUCUUGUGCUCAUGAAUGAAUGUCUUGAUCUGAUAUGUGAAACUAAGAAACUAGAUGAGUUGAGAAUAGAAAAACUUGUUAGAGAUCAUAUUGAAGUUUGUUUUGACAAGAGCUAUCUAUGUGCUUCAUUUGAUCUUGAAUCUGAGUUUUUCAUUCUUGAUGAACCUAGACCUCUUCUUGAACUUCCUGAUUUAGGGGAUGAACUUGAUGUGGAUAAGCUCUUGCUUGAGAUAGAAAACCCCCAUGCUGAAAACUAUCAUGAGAAUGUGAACAUUGUGUAUUAUUUGAUUGAUGGAGAUAGAGUUGACUACUUUGUUAAAACCUCAUUUGAACAUGUAGUUGAUUUUGUGUUUCCACCUAAUGCUUUUGAUUCUCAUGAUCAUCUGAACCUCAAGGAGCAUUUCAUAACUCAUGUCAUAUCUUUAGUGAAGCUCUUUGAGGAAAAAUCUGUCUAUUUUCUAUGGACAGUAGUGUGCUCCUUUGCAUACUUGGUUCCUUGUUCUUGGAGGAGAGGGACCAAAGGUGCAUUGGCUCAACCUUUUGAUACUUAUGAUUAGCAAGCACACAAAGUCAAGCUAGAGACUUAAAACAAGCUCACUUGGGAGGAAAUCUCAAGAGUAUCCUUUGUAUAUAUGUGUGAAUGUUUUUAAUAAAUUGUGUGAACUAUCCUUGUUUGUGUGUUUGUUUGUGUGAAUUGUGUGUCAUUUCAGUUUGGAAGGUGCUCAGGAAAAGGAAAGGAUUCAAAAGAGGCUAGGAAAGAAACACAAGUGCUGUGGAGACAUGCUCAUAGCGACAUAUCCAUAGUGACAUGCUCAAGUCGCUACAGUCACAAGGUAAGUACUCUAAUCCGGUUUAAAAUCUCUCCACAUCUCUAGUAAUUUUUAUUUUACUUAUCAUGUAAACCACUCCAAAUUCAAAGUCACACAAGAGACUGUGUGAUUCGAGUGUGGUGGGGGUACUAUAAAAACUGAUCAUUUUGCUUGGUUUUAUUUGGAUGAUUUGCAUUUGACAUAUCUAGCACUUUGCAUCUGUGUGGAUUUUAAUGAUUUGCAUUUUGGAUUUUCUUGUGAUUUCUAAAAAAAAAAAAAAAAAAAAAAAAAAAAAAAAAUUUAAAAAGAGUUGUGAGUUUUGAAUUAUGCAUAGGGAGCCAUGAUUGAAAUUGCCAUGAAAAGAACAUAUCUACAAGCAUCUCUUGAGCCUUGAAAACUCUUUUUGAAACAUGUUGCUCAUAUGAUAUUGACAUUGUUCUUGAAACCAAUUACAAACUGAACUUGAGCAUAAUGAAUUUAAUCUCUCUUGCAUAUGGGCACUUGCAUACUUGAUCAUGGAUUUCAUACACAUUUGGGUUAUCUUAUUCCAUGUCUUAUCCUUUGAUUAACCCAAAUAGCACUCCCCUACCCUUGAACCCUUGCCAUUCUUUGAAACCAAUAUCGAUUUGUUGAGUGAGGUCUCUUAUUGAUAGCUUGUCAUGUGCAAAAUCUUGAGAGUAUUGGGAGCGACAUAUGUUUGUUCUCAUCUAUUGCUAGCAUAAGAUCCUCAUUUGAACUAGCAUCUAGGAUAAUGAGUGAGUUUGUGUGUUUUUAAGUUGUUAUAUCUUGGGUUUGAGAGAAGAGAAAAAGAUCAAAGAGUGUCAAUAAGAAAAGAAAA